AUGCCUUGGAAUGAGCUAUUCGAGACGUUCCCAGGGUCCUACUCAACCUCUUCGGCCUUAGAUGAUCAUUUCUUUCAAUCGAAAGACAUUCCUCGCCCUCAUCUCCGUAUCGCGCCUCUCCGCAACCCUAUCCCUCCUGGAUCACGAAAGGUCCCUUCGCCUCUUGAACCUUCGACCACCGGGAUUAGGGAGCCCACGUCUUCAAAACCGCUAAAAUUUCCAGCUGGCAACCCCCCCACAGAGCUUCCAACGCUUGAGGGCUUCCUAAAAGCGGCGCCGAGAGAAAAUGAGCUUCCUCAUAUCUUAGGCGUUGUGCCGAGCUCAGAACAGCCACCGAAAAACAUCCUUCCAGCUUUUAUCAGUCUCAGAGCCGUUGAAAACUUGCCCUACCCAACUUUUUCCGAUGAGACUCCACGAAAACGCCGCCGGUUAGACCCUGUCGGAGAUGGUUUUGGAGACCUACAAUUGCCAAUACCAAAGGUCCAAAAAGAAACCCCAAAGCCACGCCCAUUCGGGCCAUUACCGGUUUUAAACGAGCUUAAAGAACCUCCCCCAAAUGCUGCGUUAUUCCCACCGAUCGAAGCAGACAGGCGACCUGUUAUUUUAAACCCUCAGGAAAGGGAACCAGUACUUUCUACGGAGCAAAGCUUCUCGGGACAGCCAACAGAACGUCGUCCCCGGAGGAUAGAAGAUUUGAUUGAAUCUAACGAUGAAGGUGAGGGAACCAAUUUGGAAAACCAGGAAAAUAACCGCCAAAGUUCCUCUACGCAAGAGACUAGGCAGAGAGACACAACAUCUCAAGUCGAACAGGCCACAGAGGGGAAUGAAAAGUUAUCAAAUCCGCAAAAGGCUACGAAACCGAGAAAAAAACUUCGAAGAUGGACAGAACAGGAAACUCACGAUCUUCUUCGCGGUGUGGUGAGAUGUGGGGUCGGAAAUUGGACUACGAUUUUGACACAACCUGAUCUCAAAUUUAACGAGAGAACAGCUGGGAAUUUGAAGGAUAGGUUUCGAGUUUGCUGCCCAUGGGCGUACGACUCUGGGCAGGCGCCUAAUUCUGAAGACAUCCAAGCGAGACUUGCUGAUAAUAUCAGCAAUGCACAGUCGGGUUUAGUUGCAAAGAUACUUCUACCCGACCCUAGGUCAAAGACUAGCUUGGACUUGAACAAAGGGUCUAUGAAGUCAAAUCACUUAUCUGAGUCGCUAGCGCCGCACGGAUCGAAGCCGAAACGUUCGUCAGGGUUAAAUGGGAGCCAAAGGUUGUCCAACCUGGCCAAAUCUACCCUCAUGUCACUCGGUUUGUCAGACCCAGACACGACAGUCAAGUCAAGUCGGCGGCACCGUCGCGCUUUUACGCCUGCUGAAGAUGAAGCCUUGCUCAAAGGCUAUGCGGUCCAUGGAUUCCAAUGGACCCUGAUCCGCGAAGACAAGCACCUCAAUUUAAUGCAUCGAAAGGCCACGGAUCUACGAGACCGCUUCCGAACUAAAUUCCCCCAUGUCUAUCGCGAAGGUGGCUUUGCGACCGCGAACAAGGUCGAGAACAAUCUCAAGAGCGGGGAUUCGGCUGGGCCGUCGAACUUCGUAAAACCAGGCCUUCCAUCGGCAAAUAGCGCCAACUUUUCUAUCAAAGAUGCUCAGGUUACCGCUGCGGCGACGGCGGUUCCUAUUGACCCGGCGGUAUCGCCCCCCGCCCCGCCAUCGAGUCUCCCCGAGCCGGCCAACGUACCAGUUACGCCGGUAUUUCCGUUUACAACAGAUGAUGGCGGAACUGUCGAGGACAACGGAUAUGGCUUUCGCUGGGUGGAAAAUACACUUCCUCCUUUAAUGUGGGAUGAACUAGCCUAG